AUGGAUAGAAUCUUGGGAGGAAUCUAUGUGGGAUCUUACCAGCCUUUAGCAGUUGGUGUAGACUUGAAAGGAAAAUAUAAAAUCACACAUAUUUUAUCCGUCAUCAAGGGUGAAUUACCAGAUGGAUUAAAGAAGCAGUAUACCGUCAAACAAAUUGAAAUUGAUGAUGAGGAGACCACAAACAUCUUGGAUUUCUUGAACGAAACAAAUAAGUUCAUCAAUGAAGCAUUAUAUCCUAAAGUUUCUGAACCCAAAGUCGUGGAAAAGACUGACGAAUCAAAGAAGAAAAGUAAUGGUCAUAGAGGUGCGAUAUUGAUACAUUGUUCUCAAGGGGUUUCGCGAAGUGUGGCCUUCACCAUUGCUUACUUGAUGUAUAAGUAUAAAUUGUCAUUGCAAAACUCCCUUUAUGCAGUGCAGAGGAAGAGAAGCAUUGCUCAGCCCAAUAUCGGUUUCAUGCAACAGUUGAAGAUCUACGAGGAUGCCCUUCAACAUAACGAUUACAUCAUUGAUAAGAUCGAUCUCAAUGCCGAACAAGCGUAUCGUGAUUGGAUUUUCAAGAACCUGAUGGAUGACGAAGAAGCCAGAAACAAGUUUUUAUCAAACAACGAAUCGUAUGCCGCAGUUGCAGUGAAUCAGAACCAGCAUAAUCCAAAAGAGGGGGAAAAAUUGACCCAACUUCGAUGCAAAAAGUGUCGUCAAGAAUUAGCAUUAUCCACCUCUUUUAUUCCUCAUGAAAUACCAGAUGAGGGAUCAAGACAGUCCAACUUUGUCACUACUUCUGGCUAUUCGAAUAGAAUUAUUGGCAUUGAAAGAGCGUCAAAUUUCUGCUCCCACAUCUUUGUUGAGCCUUUGAAUUGGAUGAAGGAAGAAUUACAAGGAAAAGGUGAACUAUUAGGGAAACUCAACUGUCCAAACUCUAGAUGUGGAACAAAAGUCGGUACCUAUAGUUGGAAAGGCUCAAGAUGUUCUUGUGGUAGAUGGGUUGUUCCAGCUAUUAGUUUACAAACUGCAAAGGUUGAUGAAGUAUUUAUUAGUACACAUUCUAAUUUCGAGCAAAUCAAGCGUCAAGCUACAAUAAUAGAAUAA